AUGGCUGAGGCCAGUAUUUCAGUAGAUCACUUUUCAGUAGAUCAGUUCAGUUGUCCAGUGUGUCUGGAUCUCCUGAAGGAUCCGGUGACUAUCCCCUGUGGUCACAGUUUCUGUAAGGUGUGUAUUAGUGGCUGCUGGGAUCAGGAGGAUCAGAAGGGGGUCUACAGCUGUCCUCAGUGCAGAGACACUUUCACUCCAAGGCCCGUUAUACGCAGAAACAACAUGCUGGUUAAAGUGGUGGAGAAACUGAAAAAGACUGAAGUCCAAGCUGCUUCUCCUGCUCACUGUUACGCUGGACCUGGAGAUGUGGAGUGUGAUUUCUGCACCGGAAGGAAACGUAAAGCCGUCAAGUCCUGUCUGAUGUGUCUGACCUCCUUUUGUGAAACUCAUCUGAAACCUCAUCUAGAAGUUUCUGCUUUAAAAAAACACACAUUAAUUGAAGCCUCCUCAAAGCUCCAAGAGAAGAUCUGCUCUCAACAUGACAAACCGAUCGAGAUCUACUGUCGCACUGACCAAAGGUGUAUUUGUUCUUUGUGCAUGUUGGAUAAUCACAAAGGACAUGACGCUGUAUCACUUUCAGCAGAGAGAACUGAGAAACAGAGUGAGUUAAAGGAGGAGCAGAUGAAAUCCCAGCAGAGAAUCCAGGAGAAGCAGAAGAAGGUGCAGGAGCUGAAACAGACUGUGAACACGAUUAAGUCCCGUGCUCAGACAGCAGUGGAGGACAAUGAAAGGAUCUUUACUGAGAUGAUCAGCUCCAUGGAGAAAAAGCGCUCGGAGGUGACGGAGCUGAUCAGAGCUCAGGAGAAGGCUGAACUGAGUCGAGCUGAACGACUCCUGGAGCAACUGGAGCAGGAGAUCACUGAUCUUCAGAGGAGAGUCACUGAGCUAGAGCAGCUUUCACACACGCACGAUCACAUCCACUUCCUCCAGAGUUUCUGGUCUCUCUGUGUCUCUUCUGGACUUGAGGAUUCACCCAGCAUAACUGUCCAUCAACAUCUCUCAUUUGAUGGCAUGAGGAAUUCUCUAUCAGAUCUGAAAAAGCAAUUCAAGGAAUUCUGCGAGGAGGAAUUCAACAAAAUCCCUCCACAUGCUGCAGCAGUUCAGAAGAUUUCACCCUCAGAGCCAAAGAGCAGAGAAGAUUUUCUGAAAUAUUUCUGUUAUUUGACUCUGGAUCCCAACACAGCAAAUCAUUUCCUCCAUCUGUCUGAGAAGAACAGAGCAGUGACACGCAGUGAGAGAGAGCAGUUAUACUUUGAUCAUCCAGAGAGAUUCAGCAUCAUUAGGCAGGUGUUGUGUAAGGAGAGUGUGUGUGGAUGCUGUUACUGGGAGGCGGAGUGGAGUGGUGAUAGAGGUGUCUAUAUUUCAGUCUCAUAUAAAGAGAUCAGGAGGAAAGGACGGGGUAAAGAGUGUGAGUUUGGAUGCAACAGUCAGUCCUGGAGUCUGUGCUGUUCUUCUUCUUCUCUCUCUUUCUAUCACAAUGACAUUGAGACUGAGAUCAGAGGUCCAUCAUCCUCCAGAAUAGGAGUGUAUGUGGAUCACAGUGCAGGAAGUCUGUCCUUCUACAGCGUCUCUGACACGAUGAAGCUCCUCCACAGAGUCCACACCACAUUCACUCAGCCUCUAUAUGCUGGGUUUAGGCUUGGUUCAUACUCAGCUGUGAGGUUGUGUGACCCAAAAUAACAGUAGAUGAUAAAUUCCUGCUCAUUUCCUCUUUGUUCCUGUCAUGGAUUUCCCCCUCGCACCCUUGCAGUGCAAGCAGAGGUGCUCAGUCAACAACGCUAACUCUAACACACUUCCUGAAUUCUUUCACUCAUAUUUUUCUCUCUCGCUCAUUCCAUUUAUUUCUUCUCUUUUUUUUAAAGGGAUAGAAAAGUUCUGAUAAUUUGAGAAAAGAUAGAGAGGAAAUUAAGUGUCUUUUGUUUCUUUACACAAACAACUACAUGCAGUCUCACUGAAGAUAAUAAGGCUGAUGGCGCGGUUCACAGGUGUCAUAUUUAUAUCACGCGACGUGCUUAAAUGCCACAUCACCUGAUCAUGGCAGGCCUAUAAAUAGAGGCAUGAUUUUACCUAAGCUUCAGAUACCGGUCGCACGCACAAGGACGCUCCCAUACUGUUAUGCUAAACGCAACGUU